UUUAAACUGGAUAAAAAUGAGAUAUGGGACAGAUUCAAAUCUAACUGCUGCUCAGCAUCUGUUUCCAGCUUACUUCUGUCAAGGACUGUUCUUUUUUUUUUUUUAAGGACUGUUCUUAAGGGUAUUCAUUCAAUGCACAUAAAUUCACUGGGUGGGAAUGACAGCUUCUCUCCUGUGAGGGAUAGGGAGGAGUUCAGUGACUUUCUCCGGGGAUAACGUAACGUGCUCAGAGGCUCGGCUGAGUCAUGCACACUGAAACAUGAGUGCUGUCACACCCUUUCCCUGCAGAGGACCCUGGCAGGCUUCCUGUCUGCAGAGCACAAGAGAACACGCUUCUACAGAGAGAACCAGGUUUCCAACUGGUGCCAACACAUGGAACCGAAGUGAAACCAUACUCCCUAAUUUUAAACAUUUGAGAAACGGGGCUCAGAUGAUCAAGAUGAAAGCUGUCAUCUUUGUAGCUGUUGGAGCACUGCUUCUGUCACCUGCCUCCUGUCAAAGUGGCACGGAAUGUGAUGCAGACAACUUGGCAAAGCCAACCUUACCUAUUAAGACCUUCCGUGGCGCUCCCCUGAAUUCUUUUGAAGAGUUCCCCCUUUCUGCCAUAGAAGGCUGGACAGGAACCACCACAACUGUAAAAAUUAAGUGCCCUGAAGAAAGUGUUUCAAGUCUCCAUGUGAAUAAUGCUACCAGGAGGUACCUGAGCAGCUCUUUAAGUACCAGACUGAUACCCGCCAUCUACAUCCUGGUGUUUGUAGUAGGUGUGCCAGCCAACGUGGUGACCCUGUGGAUGCUCUUCUUCAGGACCAGAUCCAUCCGUAUGAACGUCUUCUACGCCAACCUGGCCGUUGCAGACUUUCUUCUUUGCGUUACACUGCCCUUUAGAAUAGCAUACCAUCUCAACGGGAACAACUGGGUAUUUGGAGAGGUCAUGUGCCGGGCCACCACAGUCAUCUUCUAUGGCAACAUGUACUGUUCCAUUCUGCUCCUCGCCUGCAUCAGUAUCAACCGCUACCUGGCCAUUGUCCAUCCGUUCACUUACCGGGGGCUGCCCAAGCGCACCUAUGCCUUGCUAACGUGUGGAUUGGUGUGGACAACGGUUUUCUUAUAUAUGCUGCCAUUUUUCAUUCUGAAGCAGGAGUACUAUCUUGUCCAGCAGGACAUCACCACCUGCCAUGAUGUCCACAACACAUGCGAGUCCUCGUCUCCCUUCCAACUCUACUACUUCAUCUCCUUGGCAUUCUUUGGAUUCUUAAUUCCAUUUUUGGUCAUUAUCUACUGCUACACAGCCAUCAUUUGGACGCUUAAUGCAAAAGAUCGUAGGUGGCUGUGGUAUGUUAAGGCGAGUCUCCUCAUUCUUGUGGUUUUUACCAUUUGCUUUGCUCCAAGCAACAUCUUACUCAUUAUUCACCACGCAAACUACUACUACAACAACGCCGAUGGCUUAUACUUCAUCUAUCUCAUAGCUUUGUGCCUUGGGAGCUUGAAUAGUUGCCUAGAUCCAUUCCUUUAUUUUCUCAUGUCAAAAAUCACGAAUCACUCCACGGCUUACCUUACAAUGGUGAAAUCAUCUUAGAGAACAAGGAAAGCUAUGUGUGAAGACACACACUCUUGGGAUAACAUAUGUAUACUGCAAGGACCUCUAUUCUCUAGCUCCAUUUGUGAGCCCCUAGGAAAUGGUGUUUCAAAAUAAAACAUUACAUAAACA